UUAAUCCAAAAGAAUGUGCGUAAGCCAUGACAAAAUCACCUGCAUCCGUGUCCAUCGCUCACGCAUGCACUUCACGUCUUAAUCUGCCACCUCCUUAAGCCGGCGCUUCUUUUCUCUCGUCGACAAACCAAUUGCCCUUAUAUCUCACGUGCUUUUUCACUCCUUCUCCCCACCUCUCCCCUCCUCCACCUCUAUAAAUACCUUUCCCUCCCAUUGUUUCCACGUUUGAACCGUCGACGAUUAGCCCCCAACAAACGAUUAACUCACACACAAAUCAAUUUUCAGAGAACCAAACCGAGAAAUGACAACCGACUUGACUCAGCUUCCCCCCGGUUUCCGCUUUCAUCCAACCGACGAGGAGCUUGUUAUGCACUAUCUCUGCCGGAGAUGCGCAUCGCAGCCUAUUGCCGUUCCCAUCAUUGCUGAGAUCGAUCUCUAUAAAUUCGAUCCAUGGGACCUUCCUGAACUGGCCUUACACGGAGAGAAAGAGUGGUAUUUCUUCUCUCCAAGGGAGCGGAAAUAUCCAAACGGUUCACGACCCAACCGGGCGGCCGGUUCGGGUUACUGGAAGGCAACCGGAGCGGACAAGCCUAUUGGGCAUCCUAAACCGGUUGGAAUCAAGAAGGCCUUGGUUUUCUACGCCGGGAAAGCUCCGAGAGGAGAGAAAACCAAUUGGAUUAUGCAUGAGUACCGGCUCGCCGAUGUGGACCGGUCGGCUCGCAACAAGAACAAUCUAAAGCUUGACGAUUGGGUUCUGUGCCGGAUUUACAACAAGAAAGGUGUAAUAGAGAAGCGAUAUCAGAUGGCAAUGAAUCGAAACACGAAGGGUUUGGAAGAGGUAGAAGAGGAGAAGCCGAAGAUUUUCAUCAGUGGAGGCGGCGACGGCGGCGGCGAUGUGUUAAUGCCGUCAGCAACGGCGUCGGUAGGUGAUUUCGUACAUUUCGAAACAUCGGAUUCAAUACCGCGAUUACACACAGAUUCAAGCGGUUCGGAGCAGGUGGUGUCGCCGGAGUUCACGACGGGGGAAGUUGAAAGCGAGCGAAAAUGGAAGGAAAUGGAAAACGCUUUUAGUUAUCGAUACAAUUACAUAGAUGACUCAUUAUUAGACCAUGAAUUUGCAACGCAGUUUCAGAACGGUAAUCAGAUGUCGCCGCUGCAGGAUAUGUUCAUGUACCUGCAGAAGCCCUUUUGAACUAAAAACCCUCUGAUUCAGAUUUUGUUCAUCAUCGAUCCAUCACAACAAUCCUUCCAACCUCAAAAUUUCUAACAGCCGUUGACGGUGUGUGUCAUCGAGGGUCGCACGAGACGGGAGUCUGUGAGUGCGCCAGGUGUAUAGAUUAAAAGAAAAUGGAAGUAAUAGAAUACGGAUAUGCAGAGAUAGAGAUGAGAGGAGAGUGUAGUUAAUUAGUGUUAUUGUAGGAGCCAGGCGUAUGUUGUUGGCGUACACUUUUGGAUUAGAUCGGACGGACCAGAUUUAAUCAGUGAUUGGUUGUGAUUAUUGAUCGGCGCUGUGUGGUAUAAUUUUAUAUUUAUUACUAUUUUGGAAAGAUUUAAUUAGCCUUCUAAUCUUUUAUUUGUUUCUUAGAUUCAUCUAUCA